ACUAACUGCUCGCCCCGCGCAGAGACGAAAGAACCGAUUGAUCAGGGCGAGAGCCAGGCUAGUUCGCAAAUGGACGAAUUGCCUCCCCUCACGACAACGACCGAGCGCAAGUUGAUGGCCAAGGUCGACUGGCAUAUUCUGCCCGCGAUUUGCAUUAUGUACCUCCUUGCAUUCUUGGACCGAGUCAGUAUUUCGAAUGCCGCUAUUCUCGGCCUCAAGGAAGAUCUGAAUAUCAUGGAAGGAACAAAAUAUAACACUGCGCUUACGAUUUUCUUCGUGCCGUACAUCAUCUUCGAAAUUCCGUCAAAUGUACUCUUGAAGAAGCUCAAGCCUCAUGUCUGGCUCUCAUUUUGCAUGUUCAUGUUUGGUCUGGUCAUGAUCUUCCAAGGUCUAGUAAACAAUUGGGGUGGAUUGAUGGCCACUCGCUUUUUCUUGGGUGUCUUCGAGACCGGGAUGUUCCCAGGCUGUUUCUACCUAUUGGGCAUGUGGUACAAGCGAUCCGAAGCGCAAAAGCGAUUCAGCUUCUUCUUCAGCUCUACUUCUCUGGCCGGUGCUUUCGGUGGCCUUCUUGCCAGUGGAAUCGCCAAGAUGGAGGGCAUGCAGGGCUACCGUGGCUGGCGCUGGGUGUUCAUCAUUGAGGGUGUCCUGACUAGCGUCGUCGCUAUCAUCUUAUUCUUCUUCAUUGCUGAUUUCCCGGAGGACGUCAAGUGGCUGAACGAAGAAGAGCGCACAUUCAUGCGCGCUAAGCUGGCCAAGGACGUUGGCAAGGCCGCGCACCACGUACGUUUGGGAAAACGUGAAGUUCUGGGUGUCUUCAAGGAUUACAAGGUCUUUAUUGGAGGCUUUAUGUACUUUGGUUUGAUUGUUCCGGCAUACAGCUACGCCUACUUCGCUCCCACAAUCAUCAAGACAUAUGGUUAUGAUAACAUCAAAACCCAGCUGUACUCGAUUCCCCCUUGGGCUGCAGCUUUCGGAUUCUCUAUGGUCAUCGCUACAUGUUCUGAUAAGCUACGCCAACGGCUCGCUUUUACCCUUAUUCCUAUGGCUAUUGCCGUGGCUGGGUUCAUCAUGCUUCUAACGAUUCACGGCCAAACUUCACCUCAAUACGGUGCGCUAUUCUUGGUUACUAGUGGUUGCUAUAGUGCCAUGCCUGUUAUUGUAUGCUGGUUCGCCAUGAACCUAGGUGGUCACCACCGACGCAGUGUUGGUACCGCGUGGCAGGUUGGAUUCGGUAACAUCGGUGGUAUCAUUGCUACCUAUUCCUUCGUGGAGAAGAACGGUGUCAUUGAUUACCGAACCGGGUACAUUAUUUGCCUUUCCUUUGUGUGCUUCUCUGGUGCCAUGUGUGUGGUUUACGCGCUCUCAUUGUGGUUCGAGAACCGCAAGCGCGAUCGUGCAGCUGUUGAUCCUGCGGCGAUCCCGGAUGAGGAAGAGGAAUACCUCGGUGACUUGGCGCCGACGUACCGUUACCAGUACUAA